CUCCAAUAGCGCUGCUCAUAAGUAGGACAUAAGACCAAGAUGUCUACUUUCCGAGCACAGGGAACCCCAUAUUUCGAACACAUCACCUCAAUAUAUUCAUCAUGUCUUUCCAAGACAGCGCCUGCCAAAUUGAAGUCAUCCCCAGUCCUGGGGGAUCAACAUCUCUCGUUGCCAUUUGCAACAAUGAAGAGGGCUCCGGUCUGACGAGCGACAUUGUCCUCGAUCAGUUUCUGGGAAAUGAGCACGGAAAUUUCUCCUGGACUGGGCAGAACUUUACCCAGAGUGCCCGGAGCGUCGGAGUGUCCAGAGAAGGGCCAAGACGAGUGCCUAUCCUUCACGCUGAGCUCCUCGAUGAUUCGGGGGUUUUCCAACCGAGACAUAUUGAGCUGGCGAGACGUAUUGGAAAUAUCAACGGGGAGCUUGUGCUUGUCGAAGAAGAGUUGAUUGAAUAAGGAGCUCGUCGGUUCACCGGCCUUCAUAUCUCGUGCUGACAUGGGCGAUCAUCUGUUUCAGGAUUCUUUUUCAUGGACACUGUUGCUUGUGUACCCCUUUCGUUCAUUUCGGAGGAUGACAGGUAUUUUGGAUGGA